CGCUAAUAAAUAUUCAGCGUCACUCGCCAAAUAAAACUUUACUUAAACCCCCAAAAAAGAAAGAAAUAAAUAAAAUGCAAAAAUAAACUAUAUUUUCUCUCUAUAAAUAUCAUUUCCCCCUCAUGCCUUUUCUCUCGUUAACUGAAAGCCUUGCAUCUCUUUCUCUCUCCUAUUUUUUGGGAUCCCAAGAGAAGAGAGAGACUGCAUUUUCAGGGUUAGGGUUUCGGAUUUCAACAAGCAGUUGGCUGCUAGAAGGAAGAAUUUAGAGCACUUAUCCUUCAAGGCAAGUUGGUAGAAGAAUCUGAGAAGAGUGUUACCGGUUUGGUAACAUGGCAUGUUCAUUUGGACCCUGGUUAUGUAUUCUGCUCCUGCUGUGCUGUAUACUAAACGGGGAAGCAGAUUAUGUCAAAUACAAAGAUCCUAAACAGCCAUUAAACACACGGAUUGAAGAUUUAUUGGGGCAAAUGACUCUUGCUGAAAAGAUCGGCCAGAUGGCUCAGAUUGAGAGAAAGGUAGCAUCUGCAGAAGUAAUGAAAGAUUACUUCAUAGGGAGUGUAUUGAGUGGUGGAGGUAGUGUACCUCGGCCUCAAGCUACCGCUGAAGAUUGGGUUAACAUGGUAAAUGAAUUCCAGAAGGGGAGUUUGUCAACUCGUCUUGGGAUUCCAAUGAUUUAUGGAAUUGAUGCAGUCCAUGGUAACAACAAUGUGUACAAGGCAACGAUAUUUCCACACAACAUUGGGCUUGGAGCUACAAGGGAUUCUGAAUUAGUGAAGAAAAUUGGUGCUGCGACUGCUCUAGAAGUCAGGGCAACAGGCAUUCAAUAUGCUUUUGCUCCCUGUAUUGCAGUGUGCAGAGAUCCUAGGUGGGGUCGAUGCUAUGAAAGCUACAGUGAAGACCAUACAAUUGUGCAACAAAUGACUGAACUCAUCCCUGGGUUACAGGGAGAUAUUCCUGCUAACUCUCCCAAUGGCGUGCCAUAUGUUGCUGGAAAUGACAAGGUUGCAGCCUGCGCCAAGCAUUUUGUUGGUGAUGGUGGGACACAUGAUGGAAUCAAUGAGAAUAAUACAAUCAUUGAUCAGCACGGAUUAUUUAGCAUUCACAUGCCUGCUUUCCACAACUCUAUCAUCAAAGGUGUCUCUACUGUCAUGGUGUCUUACUCGAGUUGGAAUGGAAUAAAGAUGCAUGCUAACCAUGAUCUUAUCACUGGCUACCUGAAGAACAAACUCCAUUUUAGGGGGUUCGUCAUAUCAGAUUGGCAGGGGAUUGACAGGAUCACAUCUCCUCCCGGUGCAAAUUAUACAUACUCUGUCCAAGCUGGAGUUAAUGCUGGCAUUGAUAUGGUGAUGAUUCCCAACGACUAUAAGGAAUUCAUUAAUGACUUGACCUCUCUUGUUGAGAAGAAUAUCGUCCCCAUGAGCAGAAUUGAUGAUGCUGUGAGAAGAAUUUUGCGAGUCAAGUUUGUCAUGGGCCUCUUUGAGAACCCUAUGGCGGAUCUUACCUUCGCUGAUCAGUUGGGGAAGCAGGAACACAGGGAGUUGGCAAGAGAAGCUGUAAGGAAAUCACUUGUGCUGUUGAAAAAUGGAAAAUCUCCUAAAGAAAAAUUGCUGCCCCUUCCUAAGAAAAAUGCAAAGAUCCUUGUUGCUGGAAGCCAUGCUAAUAACUUGGGUUUGCAAUGCGGUGGCUGGACAAUUGAAUGGUAUGGUGCCAGCGGGAACAAUACAGAUGGUACAACAAUCCUUCAAGCAAUUCAAUCCACAGUUGACCCUUCAACCGAAGUUAUCUACUCUGAGAAUCCUGACACAAACUUCAUAAAAAACAACGGUUUCUCUCAUGCUAUUGUUGUGGUUGGAGAACCCCCGUAUGCUGAAACUUUUGGAGACAACUCCAAUCUAACACUCCCAGAACCAGCUCCAAGCACAGUUCAGAAUGUAUGUGGUUCUGUGAAGUGUGUUGUGAUCAUAAUCUCUGGCAGGCCUCUAGAUAUCCAAUCCUCUGUGUCAUCAAUGGAUGCUCUCGUUGCUGCUUGGCUUCCUGGCUCUGAAGGUCAAGGCAUUGCUGAUGUUAUAUUUGGAGACUAUGACUUCACUGGGAAACUUUCUCGAACUUGGUUUAAGUCUGUUGAUCAGCUUCCUAUGAACUUUGGAGAUGAGCAUUAUGACCCAUUAUACCCGUUUGGCUUCGGUUUGACAAUGAGAACAUCAAAUGAGACGAAUUUAAUAGUAGCAAGGUCAAUAUCUGCUGCUGGACUUGUGAGGAAGGGGGCUAAUGGGAUGGCCUCUCUAAUUUUCAGCCUCUUGGUUACAUUGAUCCUUCACAAGGCUAGAUAGCCGUGUUUUGUUAUUGAUACUAUACUGUCAGCAUUCGUCCUGCCUCGAAUGUCUUCCGAGGCUUUUCUACAUAUAUCAUGCCUUCAUUGUACUUCGAAUGGUAUCACGGAUAUUAUUUGGCACGAAAUUGUUUGUGCUGCUAA